CUUAAACAAUCAAAUUACAAAUUUCUGGGUAUCUCUUUUUGUUUUUUUUUUUUUUUUUAAUAAUGUGCUAACAUAUAAAUUUUUCAAAUAAAAUUCCAAAUUUGUUGUAUAUCUUUGCUAAACCAUUGAGUCCGCAAUGGGUGUCUAUGAGCAACAGAGUUUCAGUUCGAAGGUCGAUUAUAAAUUAAUAUUAGAUAAGCUGAGAGAGGAGUUUAAUAAGAAGUUUAGCCAAAAUACCCCAUCCUUGGCGAUUGGUCUUGAUAACUAUGAGAUCAAGGCCACCCUGGGAGCUGGAUCAUUUGGAAAAGUGCAGAUGGUUAAGGAGAAGUCCUCGGGAAAUUAUUAUGCCUCUAAACAACUUAGCAAGGAUCAGAUAAUGAAGACAAAGCAAGUGGCCCAUGUGAUGAGUGAAAAGCGUGUCCUACGCUCAAUAUUUUUUCCAUUCACUGUCUAUUUGGUGGCUUCUUUCAAGGAUAAUGACAGUCUCUAUCUAAUAUUGCCCAUUGUGCCGGGAGGUGAACUUUUUACCUAUCACCGCAAAGUUCGUAAAUUUAGUGAGAAACAAGCACGUUUCUAUGCGGCUCAAGUAUUUCUGGCCUUGGAGUAUCUGCAUCAUUGCAGUUUACUCUAUCGUGAUUUGAAACCAGAGAACAUUAUGAUCGACAAGAAUGGUUAUUUAAAGGUUACCGAUUUUGGUUUUGCCAAGAAAGUGGAAACACGUACCAUGACUUUGUGUGGUACACCAGAAUAUUUGCCACCCGAGAUUAUUCAAUCGAAACCAUAUGGCACUAGCGUGGACUGGUGGGCUUUUGGUGUAUUGGUCUAUGAAUUUGUCGCUGGACACUCGCCAUUUUCCUCGCACAAUCGGGACAUGAUGAGCAUGUAUAAUAAGAUUUGCGAAUGUGAUUAUAAGAUGCCUUCCUAUUUCAGUGGUUCGUUACGUCAUCUGGUCGAUCAUUUGUUGCAGGUGGAUCUUUCUAAACGAUAUGGCAAUUUGAUUAAUGGUAAUAAGGAUAUCAAGGAUCAUGAGUGGUUUAAGGAAAUUGAUUGGAUACCGCUGCUGAAUCAAACUAUUAGUCCUCCCUAUAUACCAACCAUUAGCAAUCCCGAGGAUAUUUCACAUUUCGAUAAGAUCUCCGAGGGCAAACCCAAAACAAAGGCCAAGACCAUGCGGCAUGAGGAGAUUUUUGCUGAUUUUUAAAGAGUCUUUGUAUAUUUGUUGUUGUGUUUCAUGGUGCUUGGUACUUGAUUUUGGAAUAUUUCGGUGCCAUAAACUGAUGAUUUCUAAUCGCACUUGAAUUGUUGUGAAUCUGGAUGGGCGACGGCUGGUUGUCGCUUUGCUUUGAUUUCAACAACACACAACAUCCAUCUGUGCCCCAUCCGAUGUACAUAUACAUAUGUGCUAUCCCCGCUUUACAUUUCAUGCCCCAAAUGUCAACGUCACCGUGGGGAGAAGAACAACAAGGAGUGUGGAAGAGAGAGGGAGAGUGAGCGAGGGAGGAUGAAGCAUUUUCUUGUUUCGGUUUUCUCGAUUUUCUUGGGAAAACAGCUGCUGAUGGUCCCACUGAUGCGUCUUCUGUUUUGCUGCAUACAAUUGAAUUGUAUGUGAAAUAUUUCUUACACUUGUUGCUUUUGCCUAGCCUCGAAAUUUAAUUCGAUGAACUUAACUUGUAAUUAUACUUGAAAUCAUGCCAUAAAUCUAGACAACUUCGUGGAGCAAUGUCUCUUGUCGAAAUCAA